UGCUGAUCCUGAGACACCAGGUGCCCUACAGGGCCGAAUUAUGACAUUUUGGCCCAAAGUGAUCUACAUUUUGUCUCAGAGAGAUCGUCACUAUGUCUUUACAGGGCCAAUGUCGAUCACUACAGGGCCGAUGCUGAUCACCGGACGCGAAAAGUGCCGGUUCCUCUACAGGGCCGAUGAUCAAGGGAUUUACAUUUUGUCUCAAAGAUCGUCAACAUAUUUUUCAGAAAAUUUUGGAAUCGCAACUCAUGGAAAGAUUGUUUCGAUUAUUUUUGAUCAAACAAUAAAUGUAACAUUUAAUGAUGAUGAAGUUCGAGCCAUAAAGAUUGAUGCCCCGGGUGCAGUUCUUAUGAAAGAGAAUGUUUUUUUUCGUUUAUCGAGAGAACUUACCUUUUCAAAUAAAGAUAAUCCUAUAUACAUUGAUGAUGAUACCACAUCAACUGAGGAUGAACUUGUCGACGACAUUCAUAUAAAAGAUAUUAAUCAACCUCAAGUAGAGGAAAUUGUGCCAUUGAUUGGUGUCGAUCGAGAUAAUCAAUCUCAGGAGGAGGAAACUGUACCAUCGACUGGUGUCGAUCAAGAUAAUCAACUUCGGGAAAAUGAAAUUGUGCCAUCGACUGGUGUCGAUCAGAGUAAUCAAUCUGGGGAGAAGGAAACUGUGCCAUCAAUACAAUCUCAAGAUGAUGAAACUUCUUCAUCGGCGAUAUCAAAGGGAAAGGUUGCAAAAGAUGUUCAAUUUAAUAUCAACAAGCGAAAAUUAAAAAAUCGGCAAAAUGAGGAUGAAGGGAAUGUUGAGGAUUGGUUUGAUUGCGAGAAGUGUUACGGGUUGCAAAAUCAAUUUUGUAAAUUUUGUGGGUGUUUCAGAUGUGAACGAAAAAAUGAUCCAGCUCAUAUUUUAUUAUGUGAUGGUAAUUGUGGUAAUGGUUAUCAUACCUAUUGUUUAAAGCCUUCAAUUGAUGAAAUACCUUCCGGAAAUUGGUACUGUGAUGAGUGUAGAUCUUUAGAUAUGAAACAGGUCGAGUCUGAAUCCUCUGGAUCUAAGGGGAAGGAAGUGGUUUUAACAAGUGAUGAGAUUCAAAUUCCAUUAGAGAGAAAUGAUUCAUUGGGUGUUGAGUCAACCUAUGUCUGGAAUCUACUUAUGAUGGAUUACGAACAGAAGAAUGGAAUUCCACCUAUAUCAAAAAUUCUACGUGGUCUUGUUGCAGAGAAGAUGAUGACUAUUCUUUGUAUUGAUGGAAGGCAGGAGCGGAGAUACUGGACUGGAAUGUGGAGAUUGAUCAAAUUACUUCACAUAACUCGAUGUCAG